GGUAAGGGCCGGGUUAUCUGAGCUGAGUCUGUCCUGGCCAGUGAUUUGGUUGCUGAUCUCUGCAGUAGCACUAGUCAAAAAGAAGAUGGCACUGGGAAAAACUAAAAGGAAAAAUGUUGCAGCAUCAAAAACGGCCUCAAAGGAGUCUGUGACCAGUGGCCCUCCUGCAGCAAAAAAGGCAAAAGCGUCGGAGGCGGCGCUGCUCACCAUCGGGCCGCGCAACACCGAGCCCGGCGCCGUGCUGACUGUGGGCGAAGGCGACACGGGCCAGCUCGGCCUCGGGCCCGACACCAUGGACUGCAAGCGGGUCAAGCUGGUGGAGCCACUGACCGCUGACGUCAUCGACGUCUACGCCGGCGGCAUGCAUACGCUCUGUCUCACUAAGGACGGCAAA